GGCGCUUUUCAACCGCAGUGUUGUCUUCCCCCCAUGCAUGUUACGGACCACUCGGCGGAUGAUUUAAUCGCUUGCGCCCCACAAUCAACCGAACCGUAGCGUGGUGCAGUUCGCCCGUGUUCAUUUCUUCGCCAGUUUUCUUUCCCUGUAUACACGUCUGUAAGGGCAGUUCCGCAUGUGCUAUUCCCACCAAGGCGUGUGUGCAGAAGAGCUAUUUUGAGGAAAACACAGCGUGAGGAAUUUCCUCGUGUGCUUUGUUUGCCCUUCAUUUCGUAAGGGUAGUGUAGCGGCAAGUCCCUCCCCACCCCGCCUUAGGCGCGAUCGUUGUGUGGGAAAACGAUCUAUCGGCGACGGCUGAAGUUACCAAUCGCUUCAACCGGUUUCGGUUGCACCACGCCACGCCAGAACAAAACGCGGGCGAGUGGAGCUUAGUGUCUGCAGGUGAAGUUUUCCAAUCCCUCCUCGAGUUGCCUCCACUGAGCACUGAGUGGGAGUGCACCGAGUGCACUAAGACUCAAAAAAGGGGGGUAAACGAUCGACAGAAACUGCUCAGGUGGCAGUACGAGUCGUAUGUUCUGUGUGUAUGGUUUAGCGUCGUCUCGUUCGUGUUGGCGCUUAGCUAAGUUAAGGCAAAACCAUGACCAAAUUGGCGAUUGCUAUGUGUCUUAUCGUGCUGCUGGCUUCGGUGGAGCAUCGUGUUGAGGCCACCGUGGUACGGCUGUUGACCGACUUUAUCCAAAACAAUGUUGCUGGCAUACCGCUGAUUCACAAGACGGAGGAGUACGACUUCGAUCCGGAGAUAAGCCAAAAGCGCAGAGAGCUUUACUAUGAGCUGCAUGGCUACCGUGGCGAAAAGGUAAUCGAACGGCUCGGUCUUGGCAUUGACGGGAAACACCACGAACGGCUCGCGUUUCAAAGGCAGCGCGACGAGGGACAUCUGCAGGGCCUUAACUAUCUGCAACCAUAGGCUUAGAACUCGCUUUAACGCGAAUGUAAAAAAAACCAAAAUCAAUUACCAGUGAAGGACGGCCGACGAUAUCGCCGUUUUUGGUUGUGACCAGUUCGAGCAUCCCGUGGAUUUUGCAGACUGUUGUGGAAAAGUGCAACAAGGCCAUUCGAAUCAUCGGUUUGUGACAGUUUUUGUGGUAUACAGAGCCUAAAGAGCCUAAACAUGGAACAGGGCUAAUUAUUGUUAUAGUAAAACAAAGCAUCGAUUUUAGGUGCUUUGCCGUUACUCUGUUUAAAACAGAAGUGCAAAUGCGCAAUGUGAAAAUGAUUGUGAAAGGUAAAUAGUUAAUAAAAAAAUAGUUAUUUUCAAAAGUA